AUGCAGCUGCAACGGAGAUCACAGCCCGCAGCGGCCACUGCUCCCGAGGAUAACUGGAGCGGAGUGAGCAAUCGGGCUAUACGGCGCCGAGUGCAGAAUCGCCUCAACCAGAGAGCCUAUCGAGCACGCCAACGGAAAGAUGUCCAAUCAUCGGGAGCCGCAAACAAUAUCCACAACCUAUCAUCAUUGAGCUCUCCACAUCCUCGAAGCCCGCUUCCCCCAUCGGGCGCAAUUACAUGUAGACUAUCCAGAGACGAGCAUUUCCGGUGCACAUUUGCCCCUCCCAAUGUCCACGAGCUGAUGGCCGACUUUGAAACCGGGGCUUUGCACAGCUACCUUGGCGGAUCACCACAGACCGACAUGCUACUGAAUUUAAGCCGAAUGAAUGUGCUCCGGGCAGCCUACCAGAAUGCCAUUGCGUUAGGCAUGACUGCCGAAUGGCUUUGCCAGGAUGAUACUAUCUCCAUUUUCUCCAACCAUGGUCCCCGUGUUGUACCGAGGAAUCAGGUCAGCAUCCCCUACAGUCUACGCCCAACAGCCCUGCAGCGUGCAACUCCACAUCAUCCGUGGCUCGAUGUCUUUCCGUUCCCGUGCAUGAGGGACAAUCUUAUCCAAGCAGGCGAUGAUCUUGAUGAUGAUGAACUGUGCCAUGAUUUGACGGCUUUCUGGGAUACGCGUAGCAGUAACGCCACGCUCCUCGUAUGGGGAACACCCUGGGAUCCCCGGAAUUGGGAGGUUACUGAGGAAUUUGCUAAGAAAUGGGGUGUUUUUCUUCAAGGGUGUCCGGAGAUUCUCCGUUCAACGAAUAGUUGGAGGGCUAGGAGAGGCGAGAAGCCUUUGGUAUGGGAACGCAUCUUUGCUUCAAUUGAUAAAUAA